GGUGCUGUGAUGAUGCUUAACCGGACGAAUGUUAUUUUUGGUGUUGAGUUGGUCCACAGAUUUGAGGGGGAGGGCAGGGAACAUUUAGAGGAAAUGGGUGUUGAGAACUCCACCUAUCAAACUCCACAUUCCUCUUCUGUGCCCUUCUGUCCAAGUUCUGGAGCUAAAACGUGAGGACAGUACGAGCACAGAGGGAGGAAAGUUACAACUAGGAGUAAAUCUACAACAUUAACUGGAGGGUACUGAAUUUACGGCACUGAAGCUGAAGGGGCUGUUUGUACACAGGAUACCAGACUCUUACCUCAUCUCACAGCAGCCAUGGUGUGUCUACUCAUAUCCAUAACUGUACUGCAUUUGGUCACUCUGGCCAUGCUCCUCACUGCCACCCUGGAAAAGUGGUGGGUAUGGGAAGAUUCUAAAAUCUCAGACCUCUGGUUUAACUGCUUCCAUGACAACGCCACAGACACCUGGUUGUGUGCUACUACAGAUGACAGCGAAUGGCUGCAAUCUGUCCAGGCCCUGAUGAUCCUCUCUGUUGUCUUCUCCUCAAUCUCCUUCCUGGUUUUUGUUGGUCAGCUGAUCACCAUCUCCAAAGGAGGACUCUUCUACUUCACAGGCCUCUGUCAGGCCUUUGCAGGUCUCACAGUCUUUGCUGCCUGCCUCAUCUUCACCUUCCACAGGAAGGAAAUCUUAGGUGACACUAGAGACCUGAGCAAAGGACACUUUGGCUACUGCUUCAUCCUGGCAUGGCUGUGUGUCCCAAUCCUCUUUGUCAGUGCAAUCCUGUACGCCCACCUGCGCAAGAGGCAAUGAGAAAAGAAACAGAGAGGAGGGGAAAGCUUCCAUAUUAACCAUAUUCAGGGUGCCCUGACAUCAAGCUUUGGGUGGGAAGCUUAAGAGCUGUUAAAAUAAAAUUGUGUGUUCC